GACCCACUUUCCAUAUGGAAAAAUAAUUUCUGAAAACUGAAUGUAGACUAAUAUUACUGCGAAAUUACUUCAUCAAGGACGAAAACAUUUAAUAUACAUCAUCAUGGGGAGAACAAUUGUCGCUGAAGAAGCGAUUGAUGUUUACAUUAACUCCUUGUAUGCAAAGAACCCAUGGUUAAUAGGCUUGGUAGUUGGACAGGUUACCCCACAAAAGGACUAUGUUGUACAACUGAUAAAGAGCCCACCCCAGGGUACAGAUGAUGAUACCAAAAGAAAAGGAAAAAUGACAAAGCCAAAUAGUCUUGAGAACAUUGAUGAGCAAUGGAUCGCUAUGCAUGCUAAACAGGUACUGAGGAUGUUGCCAGGGGGACUAGAUAUCCUAGGAGUAUUUGCACUGGGGACAUCAGAUAUGUUGAAAUCAGCACAAGCAAAAUUAAGACAGACAGUGUUUGCUGUCCAUAGAGCAGUGUGUAAGAGUCAACAGGUUUUAACAACUGACAGCCAGUCGACAGACAGAGUUAUCUUACAUAUCUGCUCAACAACUAGGAAGUCUACUUGUAGGACUAUAGAUGUGGCAGACAAUAAGAGCACCCUAAAGCCUGCUGAAUGGAAGCUACAGGCCUUCCUAGAUAGGUGGCAUGUGUUACACACAAAAGUUGGACUAAAUCUUAACAUUCCUGUCCAGAAAAAUUCAACGCAGAAUAUAAAUAAACAACUUCAGAGUGGCAUUAAACCAUUCUGUACAGGGAUAUGGAGCUGUAUGGGUACAAUAGGUAACCAGAUUCUAGAUACUAGUUCCGCAUUAGACACAUCAUCUCCUCCUAAAAAGACCAAACAAAAAUCAUCUCAAGUUUCAACAGAGAGAUCAUCCUUUAAUGUAGGCCUGCUCCUGAAACAUAGAAAAUCUGCUGAUAAACCAGGUAUCACUCGAACUGAGUGUGGAGCUAUGAUGUCACUGAGAGGUACUAUGACAUGUAGAGGUUACGUUCACAACAAGGCCACAGUUGGUGAGGCUUUACAAGCAGUUAAGACUGAUGUAUUGCGAAGUCUGGCCGCUCGUUGUGAGCUCCUUGCUGAAGAGGUUGGCCAGACUGAGGAAGAUCAGGAUCCCAAAGUAUUGUAUGAGACACCACGUCGUGUAUUCAGUAAAGAAUUAGACCAUUCAUUAAGCUAUUGUGAUUAUGUAUUCCCCGAUGAGACAAGCCAAGACAUCUUAGAAAGGUUUAGUGAACUAUUAGACACCAACAUGACCGAGGAGCAACUAGAUCUAAUGGAGGAGCUAUUACCAAGUGACGAUGACCUAGUAAAACCAGAAAAGAGAAGAAGAGAAGUUAGCACAAGCUCAAGUCAAAAAUCCCUCAGUUCAACAUCAAAGUCUUUUAAUAUGGAAAUAGGUGCAGUUAUUGGUGCUGCCAUAGCAACUAUAGCAGCAGGAGUUUCAUACAUGUAUCUUGGGGCAGAAUAGACACUAGGAUAAGCAUGUGCUGAAACAUGCUACAUUAGUUGUACAUUGUAUUGAAAUAUAUGCAACACCAGGAUAAACAUACACUGAUGAGUAUGCAGGGAACUUCCCCAAGUUACAAGAAACUGGGAAUAUAGAAUAUUGGGUGAUAAAGAUAAAUACUGAAUUGACCAAAGACAAUUUGAAUCCAGAGUUUAACAUUCAAAGCCAAUUCAAGCCCACCUCAAUAUUGCUAUUAGGAUUCUUGUUAUUAUUGAACUGCAAAAAAAUGCUGGUGUAGGGAUUUUAUUUAAUGGACUGUGUCGUGUCAAACAACCAUAAACUUUCAUCUAAUGCAAGUUUUGAAUUAUUAUUUAUUUUUUAGAAUAAUAUUUUCUUCUACUGUAUAAUUGUAAUUAAUAUAUUUGCUUAUUAAAUUACAAGCAAAUCUAAAUAGUAGAAUCAGGCGAUAAAAAACUGAAAACAUAUGAUGCUACAUUAUAUGUCAAUUUACUUCUAAAAAGCGAAAUAGCUACCACAUGGUUCUUUUCUUAUAAAAUAACCUUUCUGGCAAAUAAUACUUUUUG